GGGCGAUUUCUCCAAAGCUAUCAUCAUCAAUUCAUCAUCACUCUUUCGAUCUUACACGAUUUUACCUUUUUAAAGUCUCGUCUCCAUCUUCGAAUUCGCGUAUAGCAUACGACGAUGAGUUCCGCUUUAGAUUUUGUUUUCCCGGCGACAUCGAGUUUUGUUGGCGGAAACCGACGCCGGAUUCCUUCUCGUGGAUUCGGUUGCCGCGUGAGAUUGUGCUCUCUUCUUCGUCCUUCUUCAUCUCUCAAGGCUGAGUCAAGCUUAAAAAGAGAUGUGAACCGACAAAGAAGCAGUCUUGAGUCUAUGUUCUGUUAUGAUAAACCGAUUCCUGAGGAAAUAAUCGAGGAGCCAGUAGGAUUAUCUAUAUCGGAGAGAGAGAUUGGUGAUAAUCGGCGUUGUACUUGUUGUGAAGCUAAAGGUGCAUUACUCUGUGCCACUUGCUCUGGCACUGGUCUAUAUGUAGACUCAAUUAUGGAAAGCCAAGGCAUCAUUGUUAAAGUCCGUUGCUUAGGUUGUGGUGGAACUGGUAACAUUAUGUGUAAAACUUGUGGUGGGCGUGGUCAUGUAGGACACUGAUAUGACUCCGAGAUUCACUUGUUUCCAGUCACCACUUUUUAUACGUCGUGCCUUCUCUCUGAUCUUAUUGUAAAAACCUACUUUCUUGAGUUCCAUAUAUAGAUUUGUGUUUUUGUACUAAUGAAAUCUCUAGCUGAAACAUUUACAAUCUUGUAACAGAGUUCGUUCCGUUUCUGUUGUUAUAUAAAAUGGUUUCCUAAGUGGCUGUUA